GGGCGCAGCGAGUGCUCUAGCCCCGUCCCGUCGCGUCCUGUCCCGCGGCGGUGGCGGUACCGCCCUCACCCCGGGCAUGGGAGCAGCGGGGCGGGUGCGAGGGGGAGCUGCUGCGCGGCGCUGACCGCGCCGUGGGGGCCCGUCCCGGGGAGCCCGCGGCCCCUAACCCAUGGCCUUCAUGAUGAUGAAGAAGAAGAAGUUCAAGUUCCGCGUGGAGCUGGAGCUGGACGAGCUCUCCUCCGUGCCUUUCGUCAACGGCAUCCUCUUCUGCAAGGUGCGGCUGCUGGACGGCGGCAGCUUCAGCGGGGAGUCCUCCCGGGAGGUGGUUCAAGCAAACUGUGUCCGCUGGAAGAAAAGGUUCUUAUUUAUGUGUAAAAUCAGUGCCAGUGCCACAACAGGGAUUCUGGAUACUUGCAUCUGCAGGGUGUCUGUACGGAAGGAGUUAAAAGGAGGAAAGGCAUAUGCAAAGCUGGGCUUUGCAGAUCUAAACCUAGCAGAGUUUGCUGGAUCAGGAAAUACCACUCGGCGCUGUUUACUGGAAGGUUAUGAUACCAAAAAUACAAGGCAGGAUAACUCCAUUCUCAAAGUUUUGAUCAACAUGCAGCUAAUGUCUGGAGACCCAUGUUUUAAAAUGCCUCCUUCCACAGCAAUGUCUAUAGCAAUUCCUGGAGAAUCAGAAUCUUUGCAUGAAGACAGAAAAGGUGGAGAGAAUUUGAAAGUAGUACAUCUGGGAAUGGCAGGUGUUGCAGAUAUCCCAGCAAAGAGUGCCUCAGUCCCGGACGAACUUGGUGCAUACGGACAUUCCAGAACAUCAAGCUAUGCAAGUCAGCAGUCAAAACUGUCAGGAUACAGUACGUGUCACUCUAGAUCAUCCAGUUUCUCUGAACUCUGCCACAGGAGAAAUGCCUCAGUGGAUAGUACCUCAACAGGAAUUGGAAGUAUUCUAGAACCAUGUGAAGAGAGUGACCUAAAAGUAAUGGAAAAAAACUUUGAUACAUCUGUUAAAAAUGAAUCCUCAGAAAAACACUGCAGGCAUCCUGUGAAGCAAGACUCUGUGGAGUCACAGCUGAAGAGGGUUGAUGCUACCAGAGUUGAUGCAGAUGAUAUAGUCGAAAAAAUACUCCAAAGUCAAGACUUCAGUUUAGAUUCAAGUGCAGAAGAGGAAGGUUUAAGAUUAUUUGUGGGCCCUGGUGGAAGCACUUCUUUUGGAAGCCAUCAUCUACCUAAUAGAGCUAUGAAGCACCAGAACUUGCAUGCUAUCAAAGAACACUUAGGUGCACUUUAUGGACCUUCUGACAUGGGACAACAUAACAUACAGGCAAAGACUGGCACGGAAAAAAAUAACUUCCUGUAAUUCUAGAAGCAAAACAAGUAAUUCUGCCUUCUCUGCACUUAAGUGGUCAUUCCUGCCUGCUUUCCUCCCUUCACUCCUUGAACCAGUGCAAGCUUCUAUGACAACCAGUUUUUCAAGAUCUUCUGAAACACAGCUCCUUGAAUGUUGGAAUUUAGAUUUUAUCUCAACAGGACCAUCAUUAUACUCCUCGUGUUCUGAUUUUAAAUGGUCCAGCAGACUUCGCUGAAUGACCUGUGCUGUGAAAACAACUUCAUUGACCACUGCAUUCUGCAGGUACUUCUCAUCUUUUAGACUUGGAUACACUGCUUUGAAGACCUUUACAACAUAACAAGAACACAUAAAACAAUUAUCAUUAU